AUGGAUCACCAUGGAGAUCCACCCAGACACGACCUGCAGUCCAUGGACGUCCCUCGUGCCGCCACUGGUUGGAGCAGGGCAGGUAGUCGGAGGCGGGGUGCCCCCCUCCCCCAGAUCUGCAGCCUCAACCCCUCCAUCAGGCAGUGGGACCCCAUCCCAGGCAGCCAUUACCCUCCCCCGGCUUGUCCUGCUCCCGGCUGGAAUGCCAACCAGCCGGCCUGCGUGCCCGCGGAGACGUGCGCGCCCGUGAUAGUGGACACCCCCACCAGCCCAGUCACCAGUGGCCUACCCUUGUUUUUCGUGAUCACAGUAACCGCCAUCAAACAGGGCUACGAGGACUGGCUGCGGCACAAGGCGGACAACGAGGUGAACAAGUACCUGGUGACUGUGCUGGAGGAUGGCCUCAGAACACGCAAGGAGAGCGAGAAGAUCAAGGUAGGAGACGUGGUGGAGGUGGAGGAGGACGAGACCUUUCCCUGUGACCUCAUCCUGCUCCAGUCCAGCAGGGAUGACGACACGUGCUUCGUCACCACCGCCAGUCUGGACGGGGAGUCCAACCACAAGACACACUACACGGUACCCGACACGGAGAAGGAGCUGGACUUGCUCAGCGCCACCAUCGAGUGCGAGCACCCCCAGCCUGACCUCUACAAGUUUGUUGGGCGUAUGCACAUCUAUAGGAACAACCAGGAACCUGCUGUUAGGUCUCUAGGCCCAGAAAACCUGCUUUUGAAAGGCGCUACCCUGAAGAACACUCUGAAGAUCUAUGGCGUGGCCGUGUACACAGGCAUGGAGACCAAGAUGGCGCUCAACUACCAGGGCAAGUCCCAGAAGCGCUCGGCAGUGGAGAAGUCUAUCAACGCCUUCCUGCUGGUCUACCUGACCAUCCUGGUGAGCAAGGCCCUGGUGUGCACCACACUGAAGUACGUGUGGCAGAGCAAGCAGGGCCAGGACGAGCCCUGGUACAACCACAAGACCCAGCGGGAGAAGGACACCAACCUGUACCUUAAGAUGUUCACGGACUUCCUGUCCUUCAUGGUGCUGUUCAACUUCAUCAUUCCCGUGUCCAUGUACGUUACCGUGGAGAUGCAGAAGUUCCUGGGCUCCUUCUUCAUCUCCUGGGACAAAGACUUCUACGACCCGGAGAUCCAGGAGGGGGCGCUGGUCAACACCUCCGACCUCAACGAGGAGCUGGGACAGGUGGAGUACGUAUUCACAGACAAGACGGGUACGCUGACCCAGAACAACAUGGAGUUCAUCGAGUGCUGCAUCGACGGCUUCCAGUACAAAUACCGCGAUGCGGACACCGAGCUGGACGGCUUCUGCGUCACAGAUGGACCUGUGAACAAGCUGCAGCAGAAGGCCGGCAGGGAGAAGGAGGAGCUUUUCCUGCGGGCGCUGUGCCUGUGUCACACGGUGCAGGUGAAGGAGCCGACCGCCCAGAGAGGGGGCCAGAGCCAGCUAGACCGGGUGAUGGCCCACGUGGACGGGCUGGGGCUGGGCUUGGGGCCGGGGCUGGAUGGAAACGGGGGCCAACCAGAGGAGGAGGAGCCGAGAGGUUUCAUCGCUUCCUCACCAGACGAGGUGGCGCUGGUCAAGGGAGCCAUGAAGUACGGCUUCACCUUCCUGGGUCUGGAGAGCAAGAACAUGAAGAUACUCAACAGGAACAACGACGUGGAAGUGUACGAGCUGCUUCACGUGCUGAACUUUGACCCCGUGAGAAGGCGGAUGAGUGUGAUCGUUCGAUCGAAAUCAGGUGACACGUUGCUCUUCUGUAAGGGCGCCGACUCCUCCAUCUUCCCCCGGGUGAAGCAGGAGGAGGUGGAGAGGAUCCGCAUGCACGUAGAGCGCAACGCCACGGAGGGCUACAGGACCCUGUGCGUGGCCUACAAGAAGCUGGGAGUGGAGGAGUACGCCCAGGCAGACGCAGGGCUCAGGGAAGCCAGGCUGGCCCUGCAGGACCGAGAGGAGAAGCUCAUGGCCAUCUACAACCAGGUGGAGACAGGCAUGAGUCUCAUAGGAGCCACCGCCGUGGAGGACAGGCUGCAGGAGGAGGCAGCAGAGACCAUGGAGGCGCUGCAGGGGGCGGGCAUGAAGGUGUGGGUGCUGACGGGGGACAAGAUGGAGACGGCCAAGUCCACGUGCUACGCCUGCCGCCUGUUCCAGCGGGGCACGGAGCUGCUGGAGCUGACGGUGCGCACCCUGGAGGACGGGGGGAGGAAGCGCGGGGAGCGCCUCCACGAGCUGCUCAUGGACUACCACAAGAGGGCGGUGAAGGACGCCCCUCCGGUCAAGGCCGGGGUCACCAGGAGCUGGUCGUCGGCCUCUCAGGACUACGGCUUCAUCAUCGACGGGGCCACCCUCUCCCUGGUGUUCAACGCCUCUCCAGAGUCCGUCUCCAGCAGCUACAAGAGCCUGUUCCUGCAGAUCUGCCAGAACUGCACCGCUGUGCUCUGCUGCCGCAUGGCGCCCCUGCAGAAGGCCCAGAUAGUGAAGCUGGUGAAGAACUCCAAAGGCAACCCCAUCACCCUGUCCAUAGGGGACGGGGCCAACGACGUCAGCAUGAUCCUGGAAGCACACGUUGGCAUCGGCAUAAAGGGUAAAGAGGGCCGCCAGGCCGUCAGGAACAGCGACUACGCCAUCCCCAAACUCAAGCACCUGAAGAAGCUCCUGCUGGCUCACGGGCACCUGUACUACGUCCGCAUCGCCCACCUGGUGCAAUACUUCUUCUACAAGAACCUCUGCUUCAUCUUACCUCAGUUCUUGUACCAGUUCUUCUGUGGAUAUUCCCAGCAACCCCUGUACGACGCAGCCUAUCUGACGAUGUACAACAUCUGCUUCACCUCUAUGCCCAUCCUGGCCUACAGCCUGUUGGAGCAGCACAUCUGCAUGGAGGUCCUGCUGGACAAUGCCACCCUCUACAGGGAGAUAGCGAAGAAUGCCAAUUUGCGUUGGUGCCCCUUCCUGUACUGGACCUUGCUGGGGGUCUUUCAGGGCGUCCUGUUCUUCUUCGGGGUCCGCUAUCUGUUCAGUAACCCUGCCCUCCAGGAUAACGGCCAGGUGUUUGGGAAUUGGUCGUACGGGACAAUAGUGUUCACCGUCCUCGUCUUCACCGUCACACUCAAGCUGGCUCUGGACACCAGACACUGGACCUGGAUCAACCACUUUGUCAUCUGGGGCUCCCUGGCCUUCUAUGUGUUCUUCAGCUUCUUCUGGGGAGGCAUCAUAUGGCCCUUCCUGCAGCAGCAGCGUCUGUACUUUGUGUUUGCCAACAUGCUGAGCUCGGUGUCGGCUUGGCUGGUCAUCAUCCUGCUCAUCCUGCUCAGCCUGCUGCCGGACAUCCUGCUGGUGGUGCUGCGCAAGCCCCGUGGACCCCACUCACGACAGAAGAAGCCGGUAGAAUCGAGCGCAGGGGACCCCCAGGUUCCCCCAUCUUCAGCCAGGCCCCUGCUCAUGAGAACCUUUUCAGAUGAGUCCAAUACUGUGCUAUGAACAGCUGUCAGAGGACUCCCUCAUAAAGACCUCCAGAUCGCUGCUGUCACACCGCUGUCCUACAAGCACUUAAAGGAGGGGGAGUAAAUGGGCAGGAAAGACGACCGACCCUCAUCCUUCCUCUUUCAGGACUUGAAGCCAGUGGAUCUUUGCUGCCCGCCGUCCUGCCUGAUCACAAGGGAUGAGGCAAAAAAACAAAACAAAAAGCAGAAAAGGAUCUAAAAAGAAGAGAAGCUCAGAGAAACCUAGAGAGGGACUCUGGGCUGAGUACAGCGCUGGGUUUAAGCUGCUGGUUCCGUCCCCCUCCUCUCCUGUUCCCUUACUACGUCGUCCCCCCCUCUCCCUCGCAUGCCUGCAGUGCAGAACACUGCACCACUGGCCCAUGCAGAAUCCCCACCUCGCUUUUUCUUUCUUUUUGUCUUCUUUUUGAUCCCGUUCUUUACAUUGACUCUUCAGAUUACGGGCAUGAAUUUCUCCUGUUCCUUCCUUUACUUCCUUCCUCCUUUCGGGCCCUCUUUGGUUGUUUUGAUAUACUAUCUUACAGAUUGAAAUGAAUGCAUCCACGGCUGCCUUGUGAGGGGUUUCGGGCUGCGUGUGUUCCAGCAGGCAGUCAGUCGCACCUCCACUGUCCCCAAGAAUGAUUCAUCUGCAUGAACCAAGGCUCCACGAAGGCCACAUUCCACUGAUGUUGCUCUCGUCAUCAUUAUAUGUUCAUUUUUCUGCAAGGUUUGUUAAAAAAAGAAGAAGAAAAAGUUGCGACAACAUGAUGAUUUUUUACAUUUGAUUUUUAUCAAUGAUU